AUGCCAGGGACACUCCUGCCCCCGAGAUCUCACCGGCAACACGCGCAAAUGGAUCGCACGUCGGCCUCAGGGCCGGACCUCUAUUUGAUAGCGGACCAGGAUACUGUAUAUGAACAGGAUCUCCUUCGGGACACAGGCAGUAUCAAACCAUGGCUUGCUUAUAUCGAAUAUAAGCAGCAGCAUGGAACGCUCUACGAGCAGGCUUUUGUGAUGGAGCGUGCUUGCAAGCAACUCCCAAGAUCUUACAAACUCUGGAAGAUGUACUUGGAAUUCCGUACGAAGCAUCUCCAAGGUCGCAACCCGAUUAUAUACCGAGCCGAAUACCAGAAGGUCAACGCGCUUUUUGAGCGUGCCCUUAUUCUCCUCAACAAAAUGCCACGGAUUUGGGAACUGUACCUCUCAUUCCUGCUUCAACAACCCCUCGUGACACAAACCCGACGUACAUUCGACCGCGCACUACGAGCCCUGCCGGUUACUCAACAUAACAGAAUAUGGAAGCUUUACAAGACUUUCGCGCGUUCCGCUUCCGGCCAGACAGCCGUGAAAAUCUGGGCUCGGUACAUGCAAAUCCAUCCGGAGAACGCGGAGGACUACAUUCAGCUUCUUGUGGAGAUGGGACAGUAUACGGAAGCUGUGAAGCGGUAUAUGGAAAUACUCGACAACCCAAGAUUUCAAUCUAAGGAGGGGAAGAGUCACUUCCAGCUAUGGACUGAAAUGGUGGACUUGCUCGUGUCAAAGGCGAAGCAGAUCGAAACUGGCCCGCAUGUCGGUAUUGAUGUGGACGCUAUUCUCCGCAGUGGAAUCGACCGGUUCGCUGACCAGAGAGGUAAAUUGUGGGCUGGAUUAGCAACAUAUUGGAUCACGAAGGGUAGUUUCGAAAAGGCUCGAGAUACCUUUGAGGAGGGCAUUACGACGGUCAUGACGGUUCGCGACUUUACGCUUAUUUUCGACUCCUAUGUCGAAUUUGAGGAGUCUAUCAUUGGCAAUUUGAUGGAAGCGGCAGCCGUUCGCGCUGAUAAAGGCCAGUCCGACGAAGAGGCAGAUUUCGAUCUCGAUCUCCGAAUGCUGAGGUUCGAACAGCUCAUGGACCGCCGGCCAUUCCUGGUCAACGAUGUAUUGCUACGACAGAACCCUAACAAUGUCAUUGAGUGGGAGAAGAGGGUUGCUUUGUGGGGUGAUAACAAACAGGAAAUCGUCAACACUUACACAGCAGCCAUCGCAGCUAUAAGCCCGAAGAAGGCUCAUGGGAAGUUCUCCGAGCUCUGGGUCAACUACGCCAAAUUCUACGAAAGCGGGGGAGAUCUGGACACAGCUAGGGUAAUCUUUGAGAAGGCCGUGAAGGUCCCCUUCAAAUCGGUUGCUGAGCUCGCCGAGACGUGGUGUGAAUGGGCUGAAAUGGAACUCCGUGGUGAGAACUUCGAUAAAGCCGUUGAGGUUAUGGCGAAAGCAACGCAAGCACCGAAAAAAUCAACAGUUGACUACUUCGAUGAGAACCUCUCACCUCAGCAACGAGUUCAUAAGAGCUGGAAGCUGUGGAGUUUCUACGUUGAUUUGGUUGAAAGUGUCGCGUCGUUGGAAGAGACAAAGAAAGUCUACGAGAGGAUUUUCGAGCUACGCAUUGCCACGCCCCAAACUGUGGUUAACUAUGCCAACCUCUUGGAGGAGCACAAGUACUUCGAAGAUUCAUUCAAGGUCUACGAGCGAGGGCUGGAUCUCUUCAGCUACCCAGUUGCAUUCGAGCUGUGGAACCUUUACUUGACUAAAGCUGUUGAUCGGAAGAUUGGUAUUGAAAGAUUACGAGACCUCUUCGAACAGGCCCUGGAUGGAUGUCCUCCGAAGUUUGCCAAGCCGCUCUACUUGAUGUAUGGCAAUCUCGAAGAGGAACGUGGAUUAGCCCGCCACGCUAUGCGAAUCUACGAGCGUGCUACACGUGCGGUGUCCGACGAGGACAGGUUCGAGAUGUUUGAGUUCUACAUUACCAAGUCUGCGUCGAACUUUGGCCUGCCUUCCACAAGACCGAUCUACGAACGCGCUAUUGCGGCAUUGCCCGACCAGGAAGCCAAGGAGAUGUGCCUCAAGUUUGCAGAAAUGGAACGACGACUUGGCGAAAUCGACCGGGCCCGCGCAAUCUACGGCCACGCUUCUCAAUUCUGCGAUCCUCGGACGAACGCUCCUUUCUGGCAGAAAUGGGAGGCAUUCGAAGUUCAACAUGGAAACGAAGAUACCUUCAAGGAGAUGCUUCGUAUCAAGAGAAGCGUCCAAGCACAGUACAACACCGAUGUCAACUUCAUUGCCUCCCAGGCUAUUGCUCGCAGUCAACAGCGGACUCAAGACGGCGACGAAAAGGGUGCCGAGGAAGGAGACGUGGAUGGUUCGACGGCAGACGCGAUGGCAGCCCUGGAACGACAAGCGCGUGCUCCUGUGGGCUUUGUCGCUGCCAGCACCGGUCCCGAGGGUGGAAAUCGACCUCCACCACCUGACCAAGAGCAGCCAGCUGCUCCUGCCAACCCUGACGCUAUUGACCUGGACGAAGAUAUGGAUGCCGAGUAAAAUACCUUGCGAUUGCUACUUUUGUUUUCCUACCAUGGCUUUGGAUAGUUGCGCUGGCCGAGUUAUCUCAAUUAUCAUCGAACUGAUGCACGAAUAUCACACUCCUUUGCUUGUUUCCCUUGUAACAAUUAUUAUCGUCCUGAUAUCUCCUCGCAACUUUUUUUUUUUUUUUUUGGGAUGUCCCUCGGAGGGGUUGCUAUCCUCAGCACUUACUUGAAUCAUGGAUAUCAUCUCUUUCUCUUACUUUUCCUUUGUUUGUGUUCUUAACACCAUUCGUCUUGAUGGUCUGUGAGAUACCUUCGAUGGUGUUUUCUGUAGACGGAAUGGAUAUCUUAUUCUGGUGCUCUGCGGA